GACUUUACACAGAUGUGUUUCAGGCGUGAUCAGUUGAGGCGGUGGGACUCCUCUGUUCGCUCAGUGGGAUCAACUUAUUUCAGAGGAUAUACCGUGCCCUUUUCGAACACCUUGAGUUCAAUGUAACAGGUAUCGUAAACAGCGUAGGUCAAGGUAAUCGGGGAGUUACUUUGUUGUAGAAUUUAGCUUAUUUAGUCGUGUUUUUAAACGCAGAAGAAAAUGCCUGUAGCUUCUCUCCUGCCUUUCACGGCCACUCCGAAUAGGAAGUCCGCCAGCCCGACCUCCUUCAGGCUCACGGAGAAAUUCAUCUUGCUUUUAGUGUUCAGCGCCUUUAUCACCCUGUGUUUCGGAGCUAUAUUCUUCUUGCCGGAUUCCUCUAAGCUUCUCAGCGGAGUUUUCUUCCGCUCGUCCUCGGUGGAGGCAGAGACGCGCACAGGUACGGUCAGUGACACGAUCACCGGGACGGGCAAGGAUGAGAAGAUCCUGGCCAAGAUUAGAAAAGACCACGAAAAGGCGCUGAUCGAGGCUAAGGACACCCUACAGAAACGGCCGGACGAGAUCAAGCAAGACAUCAUGCGCGACAAGGAGAAAGUUGCGCAGGUGAAUGGAGCGGACGGUGACAGUUUGCCGUUCGUUCAGUACGUGCGGCCGCCCGGAGCAACAGGGCACGAGCCCGCGGAUCCUGACAUUAAAGAGAAAAGAGCCAAGAUAAAAGAGAUGAUGCAGUUCGCUUGGGACAAUUACAAACGCUACGCCUGGGGCUCCAACGAGCUGCGUCCCGUCUCCAAGCAAGGCCACUCCAGCAAUUUGUUUGGUAGUCUCAAAGGAGCCACCAUUGUGGAUGCACUGGACACGCUCUACAUUAUGGAGAUGUAUGACGAAUUCGAGAUUGCUACUGAGUGGGUGGACCGAAACCUAGACUUUAACAUGAAUGCCGAAAUAUCUGUCUUUGAAGUGAACAUCCGUUUUGUCGGAGGCCUGCUGUCCGCCUAUUAUCUCUCAGGCAAAGAGGUGUUCAGGAAAAAAGCUGUUGAACUAGGAGAGAAGCUGUUGCCGGCUUUUAAGACCCCGACUGGCGUCCCCUGGGCUCUCCUCAACCUAAAGAGUGGGAUCGGCAGAAACUGGCCAUGGGCGUCAGGAGGAAGCAGCAUUCUCGCAGAAUACGGGACGCUGCAUUUGGAGUUCAUGCACCUCAGUGCACUCUCUGGGAAACCAGUUUUUGCAGAGAAGGUAAUGAACAUCAGAAAGGUGCUGAAUCGGCUGGACAAACCUCAAGGAUUGUACCCGAAUUACCUGAACCCUAACAGUGGACAGUGGGGCCAGCAUCACGUCUCAGUUGGAGGCUUGGGGGACAGUUUCUACGAGUACCUGCUGAAGGCCUGGCUCAUGUCAGACAAAAGUGACGAGGAGGGAAAGAAGCUCUACUACGAUGCCCUGCAGGCGAUUGAAAAGAAUCUGAUCCGGAAGUCAAGCGGAGGGUUGACGUAUAUCGCAGAAUGGAAAGGCGGACUCCUGGAGCAUAAGAUGGGUCACCUGACCUGCUUCGCCGGUGGUAUGAUUGCUUUAGGAGCAGACGGAGCCCCCGAUGAUAAGACGGGACACCAGAUGGAGCUCGCGGCUGAGAUCGCCCGCACGUGUCACGAGUCUUACACCCGAACAAGUAUGAAGCUGGGUCCCGAGGCGUUCCGUUUCGACGGCGGCGUGGAGGCCAUCGCCACACGGCAAAAUGAGAAGUACUUCAUCCUGAGGCCGGAGGUCAUCGAAACGUACAUGUACAUGUGGAGGUUCACCCACGACCCCAAGUACAGACAGUGGGGCUGGGAGGCGGUACAGGCUCUGGAGAAGUACUGCAGGUUGGAAGGGGGUUACAGCGGAGUAAGAGACGUCUACGCCAGCACUCCUAACCAUGAUGACGUGCAGCAGAGCUUCUACUUGGCUGAAACACUCAAGUAUUUGUAUUUGCUGUUCUCAGACGAUGACCAUUUGCCCUUCGAUCAGUGGGUGUUCAACACGGAGGCUCAUCCUCUUCCCGUCAUUAAGAAACCCAGCCCAGAGUUAGCCAACCAUCUCAAGUAAUCUUCAUCCCACCCCAAAGGACCAAUGAAACGUAACUUCCUGGACCUUCUUUAACAGUGGACAAUAGUUAUGGGUGUAAAACCCCUGUGGCUGGAGAGGACUUCAGAACUUCUGCUGGAGUUUCAUGUGUUUCUCCACAGCCCUCUCUCCUCUGCCGUCUCUUUCUCGGGAUUCUGCAUGCUGCCCCUGUCCUCUCUCUCUCUCUCUCUCUCUGUCCCUGACACUCUGGACAUGUCUCUGAGCCUCAGAGACCAAGAAGGACCAUAUUUCCUCUGUGAGGAGACCAGACCAUACCGUUUUCCAUUGUAUUUGCCCUCUCACACACUUUAUAAAGCCAUAGGUAACUCAGUGUAUCGACAUCCUUUUCUGUUUUUUUUUAUUAAUUUUAUUUUUUUUAAAUCAUCUGUGUUUACAGAAGCGAAGAUAUGACAUAUCCACCGAACUUUGCUGUCUCUUGCUGUCUGUUUCUUUCGGGUGAUGUUUGGUUCGGUAUUUUGACGCUUUAUUCUACAGCAAGGUAGGGAAAGCAAGUCAACUAGUGCCUUUUAGUCUUACUGAUCAAUUUAGUCAUGUUUUAAUAGCAACGCUCUAUUUAUUUUCGCUCUGACCAAGAGCUUCAUCCUACUUGGCUUCAGCCUUCUUAAGCUUGUGAUGGACAGUCGUUUAUCAUUCAUUCCUCUACAUUCGUGAGCUUACUCUGUUGCAUAAAAUGUGUUCAAAAUGUGUUUUAAUUGUUUACUUAAUCAAUGGAGGCAGAGACUUUUUAUCCUGGACAUGUAAAAUAGAGUACUUUGUGUUAAUUUAUUACUCAAGACGUAGGGUUUUUUGUCUUUUUUCAUUGUAAAGGGCAGAAAACUAUGGAGCCCCUAAUGGGACAUGGUGAUGGAAAAAUAUUUCAAUGCCUUUGCGUUCUCUCGCAAAAUGAUUGCAUUCCUCCAAGAAACUUUGCGUUUGCUUGCAAAAUAUUUGCAUUCUCUUUAUUAUGUUUCCCCGAGAAACUUUGACGUUGCCCGCAAAAGCGUUUAAAUAUAGUUAUUC